AGCUCCGGUUAGCUAGCAUUUUCUCACGCUAGCGCUGCCACAAAGCACAACGGAAGUUGUCGCUGGACCCAGCUAGUGAGAACAGCGGAUACCGUCGUUAUGCUUCACAUACAUCCAUGUAUCGUUCGUCCUUGUCUCGUGUCGUAGUCGACAACCGGCUCGAUUGUAUAAAGUAACUUUCAGUGUUAAGUGGACAACGUUAGCUUGUCUGUCGCUGUGGCUAAAUCAGUCAGCUAACUAACUGUAGCAUAAAAAUUACGCUAGCGUGGCUAACGUAACGUCCGCAGGAGAAGCCCCUGACUUGAAGGAAGGAAGGAAGCAAGGGAGGAAAUUCAUAAGCAGGAUCACUGUGCGCUGUUGCUCAUGCAGAGCUAGCAAAUAUUUUGUGUCUCCCGAGUCCCCGCAACGUGACGCAUUUAGAAGAAGGUGACUAUCCGUGCACCCUGUGUGACAUUUAACACUAUUUGCUGUAUGCGGAUGCUGUUGGCGUUACUUAUGUUAACUGUCAACAACAACAAUAACACGCCUCCUGGUCAGCGGUACACUGCGACCGAGGGCUUAGCACGCUAGCUAACAGCUUUCUAAGAAGUUGUGUAUCUUGACUUAUUCAACGUUGAGUCAAGCAACAAGCCGGCGUUUUAACGUGUCAUCGUCGGACGCUGAGGCGACCACCAUGGCAUCGGAUGUGCUCGAGAGCGAAGCGGUGCUGAAGGGUGUCAGCGGCGUGGAUUUGAACAAAAGGAGCCCAGAUCCAGUCACACCCGGGGGGACUGACGGGGGGCCGGGUACCGGACGGACGUCUAGUCGCUCGUCUUCUGGGGUGUCAGGAGAAGGCGAUGUCGGGCAGUCGGACGAAUUGGGGAAUAGCGCCGCUUCCGCGGUUGAAAAUGGCGAAGAGGCUCUAAGCGAAACCAGAGGUGCGCCACAGGAAAGGACGAGUCCGGACAACGAGCAGCAGCAGCAGCAGCGGCGGCGGGGAGCAAGGAGCUCUUCCCCGGUCAGCCUCCCCCAGCCACGAUCACCUCCCGGGCCCAUCGGAAGCCUAGAGCGUCAAGAGUCAGUCGCCACGUCAGAAGCUCGCCUAAGACUGGAGGGAGUUGAACUAAAGGAAGAGUGGCAAGAUGAGGACUUUCCACGGCCUCUACCCGAGGAAGAGGAGCUUGAACAUGAACUUUUUGCAGGAGCUUCUGAAGAAAUAGACCCUGGCUAUGCAAAGGGACACGGCAAGAACGUGAAGAAGAAGCUCGCAGCCCCCAUUAUCAGUCUCACACUCGACCACAGCGAAGGUUCUCUUCUCUCUGACGAGCUGGAUGAAAGUACAGAGCUGGACCUCGAUGACAUUGACACACCAUCGGACAAUAGCAAUGAGUUUGAGUGGGAAGAUGAUCUCCCUAAGCCGAAAGCCACAGAGCUGCUUCAGAAGGGCGUGGCGUCGGUGCAGGAGUACUCCGCCUCGGAGGAGAGGGAGGAGGGCCGGCGCUGGAGGGUGUUUCGCAUCGGGGACCAGGAACACCGCGUGGACAUGAAGGCCAUCGAGCCUUACAAGAGGGUCAUCAGCCACGGAGGUUACUACGGAGACGGUCUGAAUGCUAUAAUUGUGUUCGCUGUGUGCUUCAUGCCUGAAAGCAAUAAACCAAAUUACAAAUACAUCAUGAACAACUUAUUCAAGUAUGUCAUUGGCACGCUGGAGCUUUUGGUCGCUGAGAACUAUAUGAUUGUGUAUUUGAAUGGGGCAACCUCUCGGAAAAAGAUGCCAACAGUUGGCUGGCUCCGAAAAUGUUAUCAGCAGAUUGACAGGAGGUUGCGGAAGAACUUAAAGUCUUUGAUAAUCGUCCAUCCUUCUUGGUUUAUUCGCACGCUGCUGGCACUCACAAAGCCUUUCAUAAGUUCUAAAUUUUGUCAGAAAAUCCAGUUUGUGUUCAGCUUGACAGACCUUGGAGAACUGGUUCCGAUGGAGUAUGUUUCCAUACCAGAUUGCAUCAAACAACUGGUUCUUGGUUGAAGGUAGGAGCAAAACUGUUUUUGUUUCCAUCUGAAAUUCCGGAUUUGACUGCUGUGCAGUGGAACAAUACAUGGCUGCUCUCCAGAAUUAGUAAAUGAAUGAAUCUGCUGAGAUCCCCUUCCAGCUCUUCCUCUUCCUACAGGCUUCAUCUCAACUUUCUCCAAACAUAAUGAAUCGAUUUUGAAACAAAUGUAGACCCUUUGGCGCGCCUCUCUGUUUUUCCUGUAUUUGGUUCUCAACAUCUGGCAGUGUUGUGCAUACGCAGCGUCAGCUCUGACUCGUCUGUUAAGUAUUGGUUACGUUUCAUCUGUAAGUGUUGUUUCACCAACAGUCGGCUUCUCCUGUGAGGCUGUGUGUCAAUGGCUAUGAGUCUGACUCGCCUCAAAUUUAGUACCAUUCAGCUUCGCGUUCGAAGCCCCAAUAUUACCGGACAGGACUUAAUCAUUUCCACAAAUCAUGGGCACUUUCUGCCCAUGAACGUAGAGAUCCAUAUGCAACAAAAAAGCAUGUGUGAAAUGCUCAUUUAGAGAGUGUUACAGCGUUUCAACAACUGUUAACCUGUACGGAUAUGCUUAACUAUAGCGCACAUGCUGAGAAAUUGCUCGUGCUGUAUUUAUGCUGGAUGUGGCUUAACCCGCCGGUCUUCUGUCCAUGAGGGAUUCAGGGAAGUCAGAAAUGCGAAUCGAAUCGAAUCUUAUCAAAUGUUUUUUGCUCUUUUGGAUGUCUGGUUGCUUUUGGCUGUGUAAUUCUCCUCUCCUUCCCUGCCCCCUCUUAAGGUUUGACAACAAAAAAAAUAGUAAAAGCCGUAAAAGAUAUAUGCACUUGCACCCAGGAUCCAACUCGACAUUCCUUCACAAAACUAACAACGAAAUGAUCCGUUCGCUCUCAGAAACGCACCAAUGCACCAAGGUGCAAGUUGUGUCCCAGGAUAAAUUGCUCUUCCCUUCCGGCCAAACCCAACAACUAGCUUGCCCAACAUCCCACAUCUCUCUCACAGUAGAUUUCCCUUAGAAGCAGACUGACGAGCUGUUUGAUUGGUUUCCCCAAAAAUAGAUGGCCUGGUGAUUUGUUUAACCAACUACAUAUUUUUUCUCAGCCCAUUAUGUGAUGUUCAUUUUUAAAGUCAUUUCUUGUUAAAUGUAUUGCCUCCAAAUAACAUCAGCUAUCAUUAUGCACUUUGAAGCCCAUCCUUCAACACAAGGCACUUGUUUCCACUGGGAUGCUGAAUAAUUGAUUUAUGUCAAUAAAGUCAGGAUUGUUUUUAAAGGUAAAUGAUUUCCUUUCUUCUCUCUGAUAUUAAAGUCGGGGCAUUGUGUAGCAGUAACUUGCAUGUGUCUUUCAUAAACACAGGCUUUGUGGGUGAUGUUGGGUAAGUUUGUUUGCGUUUGUACGACAGAUUGGGGGCGGGACUACGAGGGAGCAGCUGGUCUUAGUCACUGUGGCUUCGUGGUUGCACCGCUGUCAUGCCCUCACAAGGCUCCCCUCAGUAGCUCACCCUCACCAAACACUUGCCCCGGUUCACUCUCACAGCUCUACGCAUGACUCACUGCACACCCACUCCCUGCUGAUGUUUUAAUUACUGCCCCAAUCCUUUUGUCAACCUUGCUCAAGCACACAGAACCGUUCUGCUCGGUACGGAUAGGUAGCGUGAGGAUUAUUCGUUUGCAGAGAUAUUGUGUCAUAUUAAAACAACACGUAUUAACUGAAUCACUGUCUGGUUGUGUAAUGCGUUGCACGGUGGUUCUUCUUAAGUUAAGAACCGGUGCACUAAAGCCUCACACAUUGCCAUGGAGCUGUCUCAGGCUGUAAUGACCAACCUUGCACAACGGUUGCACUUGUAUAGAAUGAACGGUUUGUUCACAUAUCAGUGUAAUACAUUUAUUUAUACAUUUUGUUAUUGUACCACUAUUUUGCAGAGUGAGCAGUCUGUGCCCUAACAGGGAUUUAUAGCAUACAUUAUUGCAUUGGUCAACAGAAGUGAGAACCUCCAAGCAUUUAAAUUUCAUUCAGUAGAAAAGGCAUGGACAAAACGAGGCAUUCAUGUGUUUGCUGAAAGCACAAGUCUGGGGUCGUCGUGGCGCAGGGGUUAGAGAAGGUGUGCUGGGAAGCACAAGGUUGGUGGUUCGAGUCCAGGCUGCCCCAUAUUCCAUGUCGAAGUGUCCCUGAGCAAGACACCUAACCCCUAAUUGCUCCCCAGGUAAAAAUGUGAAAAAGCCAUGAGUUUAAAGUGUAAUGUAAGUCGCUUUGGAUAAAAGCAUCUGCUAAAUGACCUGUAAUGUAAUGGUAAGUCUAGAAAGUAGUUCCCUUUUUAACGGUACAAGUGCAACGGCUACAUUUCACGGUGUGAUUCUAUGUACUGUGGGUUUGUGGGCAGUGUCCGCUAUAAUAGAAGACAUGCGACCCCUGGCACACAGAGGUCUGAUGACUGUUGAAUUUGUCUGCAGAAUUGACUAGAGCAUGCACGGCAAAGUGGAGAUCGCAGCUGCCGCUGUUCCAGAGUGACCGUCAGCAUCAGGCCGCGAUCAAGGAGAACGCUUCGGACCGCCGCGACUCUACAUCAUCAUACAUCAUGUGCCUUUUUUGAAACUAUGCUGCCCGUCACACUGUGGAACUUUUUACAGAUCGAUCUGUAGCAUUUUUCCCACAUGCUGUCUGGAACAUUUUUAAUCUAUAUUUUUAUUUUAUAUUUACUGCCGAAAUAUGUCAUACUUAUCUUCUGGGUGUUACUGGUGUAUCUGCACAUUAUUUAAGGCGGUUGCUGCAUGUUCUGCUUUAUUACAUUUAAAUAUGUAUUUAUAUUCAAAGGGUGUCAAUGGAGAGAAAUUAAUAUAUUUUUAUGGUUGCUCUGAUUUGUAUAAUACAUUGUAGGUGUCUGACUCGUUCACUAUCAUUUCAUAGAACACGUUUUCAUAGCACCUUUUUUCAAUGUUCACUUCUGAUGUUCUCAAUCAAAAUUUUGCAUGGGGAAAUUUUUCCCCUCAGCAAAAAUCUGAAGCAAAGAUGUAGGUCUUAAUUUAACAUUUUCUUCAAGUAAACCCAUUAAUCCACCUCA